ACACAUUAAUAAUAGAAAAUUAAAUCUCAAAGUUAUGGGUUUGCAAUCCCAGCUUUAAGCUCCCUGUUAUAAAAUUUUCCGAAGAAAAUCUGCGGCCCGGCCGGGGCGAGCAAAUGGCUGGCAACAUGCGCUGAUGUUCGCCGUGCUAUGGAAGAAUUUGGAUGUUUCGAAGCAAUUUACAUUAAAGUUCCUCUGGAUCUCCAUGGCGCGGCUCUCACAAGGACUGCAGAAUUAUUUGAUCUCCCAACGUAGGUGAAAAUGAGAAACCAGAGUGAUAAGCCAUACUUUUCUUAUUGUGGACAGUAUAGCUUUCUUCCCCUCUACAAGUCCUUGGGGAUUGACAAUCCAACCACCAUUGAAGAACGUCAAAGUUUCACUCAUCUCGUGUGGCCUGAAGGAAAUGAUUGCCUUAGCCAAACUGUUCAAAGCUUCUCGGAGUUAGUUGUGGAAUUGGACGUGAUGGUGAUGAAAAUGCUAUGUGAGAUCUAUUGUGUUGGUAGUUACCAUGACUCUUACGUGGGAACAAAAGAUGGUCAGUGGAUCGAUGUGGAGAUGCCUCCUUCGUCUUACAUAGUCAUGGCAGGUGAUGCACACUCAUGGUGGGUGUGGAGCAAUGACAGAAUACCAUCCUGUUACCAUCAAGUCAUUAUGACAGAGAAAGAGAUGAGAUACUCCACCGGAAUGUUUUCGUUCGUCACCGGAAUGAUACAUAUACCUGAAGAGCUGGCCGAUGAGUCUCACCCACCCAGCUACAAGCCUUUCGACCAUUUCAGUUUCCUUCAUUUUAAUAAAGAGGAGGGCAAGAAAUUCCCCUGUUCUAUUAAGGCUUAUUGUGGAAUUUGAAAGAUAUUUUAAAAAUAAAAAAUUAUGGAACUAUAUGUUGUGCUAGCGUUAUGUGAAAGAUAUAUCUAAUGGCUAUAAUUAUGUAUCAUGUAUAAUUGUUCUUGUUUGUUUCUAUUGUAUCUACUCUUUUCAGUUUAAUACCAUACAUAUUUUCACCUGUUUGGCUUGUAAGCAUAUAUAUGUAGCUAGAUUUUUCAAUAUUUUUUACAAGGGAAAGUUUCAUAUCUACCCUUUAUUUUGAAAUAGCCACGGUGCCUAUUCUUCAUGAAAAUAAUAAUAAAAAAAAGUUGAAAAG